UAUUGAUCAGAACUAUUGUGCUUUAGUUGUCUCGUCUCUCAUAGAAUUCACGAUUUAUAUUGUAGUGCCCGUAAGCUGUGGAAUUGAGCCUGUAAAUUAUUUUGGAAACGAGCAAAUGGCUCAUAUGCUUCGCCCUAACAAAAGAAGUAGGGAAAUAGAAGAUUUCUCAAGACAGCAGAAGCUUCAGAUUUCCUUAGAUUAUAAUGCUUGUCAAGAUGAUGCUGAUCGUCCAGCAAGCAUUAUAAACCCAAAUGCUGUAUCAACAGGUUUAAGGCUAUCGUAUGAUGAUGAUGAGCACAACUCCUCUGUUACCACUGCAAGUGGAAGCAUGACAGCUGCACCUUCUAUCAUAUUUUCUCUUGGCGAUAAUCUCAGGAUCGAGAUUGAUAGACAAAAGGAAGAACUGGAUCAAUAUAUUAAAAUUCAGGAAGAACAUUUGGCAAAGGGCAUUAGGGAGAUGAAGCAAAGACAUAUGGCUUCAUUUGUUAAUGCGAUCGAGAAAGGCAUUGGAAAGAAACUACAUGAAAAGGAUGUAGAAAUUGAGAACAUGAACCGUAAAAAUAGGGAACUAGUGGAGAGAAUAAAGCAGGUUGGCACUGAAGCCCAGAAUUGGCAGUGCAGAGCGAAGUACAAUGAAUCAGUCGUAAACGUCCUGAAAAGCAACCUUCAGCACGUUAUCUCACAGGGUGCGGACCAAGCGAAGGAAGGAUUUGGAGACAGUGAAGUGGAUGAUGCUGCUUCACACGUUGAUUCAAACAAUUACCUUAGUGUUCCAGGUGGAACUAUGAGAUCCUCAACCAGGAAUUUAGCAGGUUUCAAGGAGCGCAUGAUCUGCAGAGCAUGCAAGGCAAAAGAGGUUUCCAUCCUACUCAUGCCUUGUAGACAUUUAUGUUUGUGCAAAGAUUGCAAUGGACUUGUAAGUGUCUGUCCUGUCUGUCAGUUGAUCAAAACGGCUGGUAUCCAAGUGUACUUGUCCUAAAUUAUAAUCUUACCAAAGAGGAAAAGAAAAUCUUUUAUCCU